AUGCACGCCAUUGACAAGUUCAGGAAGACUUGUUCUCCAGGAUUUAUCUUAUCGGAUCUUCCAAGUGAGAUCGAAACCCAAGUCUGUAAUUCCUUUGAAGAACAUCCUGUAAAGGGUGCAAAGGCAUAUUACCUCCGCACUGUUCUCCACGACUGGCCAGACAAGCAGGCCGUGGAGAUUCUUUCGAGGCUUCGUGAAGCAAUGGGACCCGGUUCUUUGCUCCUGAUUCAUGAAAAGGCUAUGCCGGAGACCAAUAUUCCGUGGAUGGCUGCGAUUGGUGAUAUGACUAUGAUGACUGCCUUUUUCAGCGGCGGAGCGAAUCAAUAA